AAUAUUUUACUCAGAAACGGCACCGAGUGGUGGAGAAUACGUCGCGAAUUUCAGAAGGUCCUUAGCAAACCAUGCAAUGUUGUCAAUUAUCUGGAGGAUACGGACGCAGUUGUCCAGGAGUUUGUGCGGCUCUGCUCCCACGAGAAACCCAACGAUUUUCUAUCUUUAUUCUCACAUCUCUUCCUCGAACUGACUUGUCUCGUGGCUUUUGAUGUAAAGAUGCGAAGUCUAUCGGAAGAAGAAAAACAUCCGCAUUCCCGUAGUUCAAGGCUAAUCGAAGCAGCGUUUAUGACAAACAGCCUAAUUUUAACAUUAGAUAAUGGCCCCAUGAUUUGGCGAUUUUUCGAAACACCAGCAUAUCGAAAAUUGCGCAAGGCGCAAAAUUACAUGGAAGAAAUAGCGCUGGAAAUGGUUAUCUCUCAGAGAAAUCGAGAUGUGUUGAUACAUAGGAAACAAUCUCUUCUCGAGGAAUAUUUGAAAAAUGAUGCUUUAGACAUCAAAGAUGUCGUGGGUAUGGCGUGUGAUAUGUUGCUCGCUGGUGUAGAUACCACGACAUACAGCAUGUCGUUCGCCUUGUAUCACCUUGCAAGAAAUGCAAGUGUUCAAGAAAAGCUAAGAUCGGAGGCUGCGGCUUUGUUAACGGAUCCUAUGUCUCCGAUAACGGCGGAGACACUGAAGAACGCUACGUACACCAAAGCAGUUAUAAAAGAAACUCUCAGGCUAAAUCCUAUCAGCGUAGGGAUAGGUCGUAUCCUGCAAACUGACGUGAUUCUGAGCGGAUAUCGCGUUCCCAAAGGAACUGUGGUUGUUACGCAAAAUCAAGUGAUUUGUCGGCUUCCCGAGUAUUUCGACAAACCAAAUUCAUUCAAACCCGAGAGAUGGUUGCGCGAUAAUAACAAGCUGAAAGAAAAGUCUAUCAAUCCGUAUACUGUACUGCCCUUUGGCCACGGUCCGCGAUCGUGCAUUGCAAGACGAUUCGCGGAACAAAAUUUGCAAGUUGUCUUACUCCGAAUCUGCAGAAACCUGAGAUUUACAUGGUGCGGAGAGACCCUUGAUUCAGUUUCGUUAUUAAUCAAUAAACCUGAUGGGCCUAUUAAAUUAAGAUUCGAAAGUCUACAUGCGUAAAAAAAAAAAAUCAUUUGGA